CUGCUGGCCUAACAGUUCGUGUACCUUUCGACUUUGGACAUCCAGUUGGUUCGAUACGAUCACCGUUGAAGAAAUGGAAUUUCUCACAGAAACCCUUGAUCCGGAGUCGCUUAACAUUCUCAACGCUGAAAAGAUAACUGACAUCUCCCUUCAAGAUCUUGACAACAAUGACAUUAUUGAAAUGGGCAUUACUCAAAAAGGACCCCAAAAACUUAUUUUGAAGGCAAUCAACAUUUUAAAUAGUAAGAACGAAUCGAGCGGAAUUGAACCUCCGCAGGAUGACCAAACAGAUCAACAUCAAACAACGGUUGAUGAAAUAAAGACAAUUUUAAGAGCAGCACGUAAUUUUGAACAAGUUUUUCAUGACCUGAUUUACGGGAAGGUUCCUAACGUGAAAAAACUGCGACAGAUGAAUAGCAUUCUCAACAAUCACUACUUUAAAGAAAGGAUUUUGAACAAAGAUUAUCCGAGUCUGAGUGAAAAACAACAGCUGGCUGAAAAUAUUUUGAAAUCCUUUCCCCAGCUCGAAAAGACCAAGGCAUCUCCUGACGAUCCUAUCGAGUCGUUUUUCUUUGGAAAAAUGGAGGCGAAAAAAGGACCUCACACAGGAAUUAUUGAGUGGAAAAUUGGAAAUCUUCGCGGGAAAGUGGAGAAAAAUAAUAGGAAGUUUCUUCGUCCUCCAAAAGUCUGCCAGAUCCCUGAACAUUUGAUGGACGACGCCGAACUCAUUGCGGCGUUGCGGCCGAAUAACCAACACAUGAAACAAAUUUGUGACGGAAUGGCAAAAUGCCAUCCGCAUUUUGCCUUUUUGGUACAACAGGGAAAAUCACUAUCAGACAUUGCCACAGUUUUCCCGCACAUCGUUUCAUACAACGGCCUUGUUGUUCUUCAAAUGUUUGAACAGACGUAUCCUCAACAUAACGUAAACUCGAAUAUGAAAAAGUUUCUUUUAAGCUGCCUUUCACACAAUACAGGAUUUAGUGACAUUGCUGACAGAGAACUUCGCUCUGCCAUUAGAUUGAUGAAGAAGAUGAGCAACUGUGGGGUUAAAAGGACCAUUUCCGGCGACAAGAGCAUAAGCGCUUCCAUGGCUGAACCACUAAUGCGUUGGACGUCACCCAGCGAAACCACCGCCAACAAAGAUGUCGUUGAAGGCUGCAUCCCAACAUGGAUCCACACAAGGUCUGCGUCGCAGAGGAGCUGCUCAGUGGACCGUAUUACAUAAUAGUGCAAGGAAUAGCCUUGCCAUGCGGAGAGCAAAAUUUUGCCACCUCCUUUGAAAUAUUUAUAAAAUUUUGUUCUAUUCUUAAUCUUAAAACUCCGACACUACUUCGUAAGCUUUUUGAGCUAGUUAAGUUGAACGAACUGAAAAUUAUCUCUUCCACUAACAAAUCAUCUGUAAACCUUGUCAAUCGAACACUACUCGAAG